AUGUCGUCGAUGUCCGGGACCUCGGUCACGAGCGCCGCGCCGAGCCGUCGCACGCGCAUCUACCUGUUGGAGGACGUGCGCAAGCAUCGCUCGAGCAAGGACUGCUGGGUCGUGCAUGACAACAAGGUCUAUGACGUAAGUUGGUCCGCGAAUGGCCAGCCUGCCUUCUCUUGGGGUCGUUGCGUGGACUGAGCCGAGAUUGCACUGCCUAUCCAUUGGAUCAUCGAACGCCACCGCCGCCACCGCCGCCACCGCGAUCGCCGUAACCGCUCCCGCUCCCGUCCCCGCCCCCGACGCGUUUACAACCGCGGCCGUCUGCGCGCUCACGCCGAAAACACGCCCAACCGCCUCUACGAUGACCGCCCAAUCCAUUCCACCUCACUAGGUCACUCCCUUCCUCGAAGAUCACCCCGGGGGAGACGAUCUGAUCCUCCACUACGCCGGCAAGGACAUCACCUCCGUCAUGGCCGACCCCGUGGAGCACUCGCACUCCGACUCGGCCUACGAACUCUUGCAGCAGUACCAACUCGGCGUCAUCGGUGCAGAGGAACGCAUCACCAACGAGGACUUUGUCUGGAACGAGAAAUUCGAACCCCAGGACACGGACACGUCGCAGGAUUGGCAAAAGAAUCAGUUUUUGGAUCUUCAGCGACCUUUGGUCAUGCAGAUGCUGCGAAGCGAUUUCUCCAAAGCGUUCUAUCUGCAACAGGUCCAUCAACCUAGGUCAGCAAAGCCAGGACCGUCUGAUGCCGCGUAGUAUCCCACCACUGACCGCCGAUCGACACCCACCCGCCCGCGCAGGCACAUGUCGGAACCGGCGACGUUGUUCGGCCCGUGGUACCUCGAGAUGUUGACCCGAACAUCGUGGUACGUCGUCCCUAUCGUAUGGACUCCGAUCACGCUCUACUUCCUCUACUGCGCGUGGAUGCAACAGCCCGUCGCGCUCGACUUCUCGACAAGAGCGACACGCCUCGGCCUGUCGUUCUUGUUUGGCAACUUUGUGUGGACCGUGAGUCGGCUUUGGGCGUUCUCUGUCACGGGGCAUAGGGAACUGAUGAGUGAAGGACUACUUGCACAGAUCCUUGAAUACACAUUACACCGGUUCCUCUUCCACAUGGAGGCCGUCCUGCCCGACCAUCCGUUUGCCUUGACACUUCAUUUCCUCCUCCAUGGCAUUCAUCACUACCUUCCCGUGAGUCAGAACAUAUCGAGAAAUCUUAUCAUGAUGGUGUUGACCAACGACUGCAUUUCCUCCCCACUUUAGAUGGAUCGCCUGCGCCUCGUCAUGCCCCCGAUCCUAUUCGCCGCCCUUUCGUACCCCUUCAUCCGUCUCGCCCAUUCCAUCUUCCCGCACAACAUUGCUUACGGAAUAAUCGCGGGAGCGUAUACGUUCUAUAUCGGCUACGACCUGUUACAUGUAAGUCAGGUGCAGACGGGGCAAGUCGUUGACAUUCCACCCCCCGUCCAUAGACUGAUCACCUCCUUGAAUACUCCCUCUCUCGCAGUACUUUAUGCACCACGCCAAACUUCCCCGCGUUUUGAAAGCACAAAAGAGUUGGCACAUGGAACAUCAUUACAAGGAACCGAAUCUCGGCUACGGCGUCACGUCGCCGUUCUGGGAUAUGGUCUUUGACACCGUCUUUGAUGCGAAAGCGAGAAGAAUGGAAGGGGGCAAGAUGAAGGCCGAACUUUGA